GGAGCUAUGAAACAUUCCCCCAUUCACUCCUCUCUCUCUUUCUCUCUCUCUCUCUCUCUCUCUCUCUCCUCUUUUCCCCCUUCCUCUCCCCACCAACUCCACCUCCGCCCCAUGUGGGCGCUCCCUUUCCACCAUUUUCGCCUCUCCCAACCCAUGUUUCCUCCAAGGCACCUCCUUUUUCGCUCCCCAUUUUCCCCACUUCCUUAGUUUUUUGGGGGGGUUUGGGUUUUUGGUUCAGUUUAAUCCAUAAAGGAGCUUCUUUUAUGGGGGAGUUCGAAGCUUCAGUGUAGAGUGGACAUGAGGAGCUCACUUGGGUUUCCGCUGCUGCUACUUCUCGCCAUCAAAUUCGGCGUCCUCCUUGUGCCCACUCACUCCUCUUUAGAUUCCCAGGCAAUUUCGGCGCUCGCCGCAUUUAAAAGAGCCAUUUUUGAAGACCCACUUGCGGUUCUAUCUGAUUGGAAUGCACAAGGUGGAGAUCCUUGCAAUUGGUAUGGUGUGGUUUGCUCACCAUCUCAGGAUCUAGUGGUUUCUCUAAACCUUUCGAGUUCGUCGCUGAAGGGAUUUCUUGCUCCUGAACUUGGACAACUGAGUUCUCUGCAAGAACUGCACUUGGACAAUAAUUCACUUCUUGGAACAAUACCUAAAGAAAUUGGCUUGUUGAAGAACCUCACGGUACUCGACCUGAGCGUGAAUUGGCUUACUGGUCCUGUCCCUCCUGAGCUUGGCGAACUGACGAGCAUAACCAUAAUAAAUCUUCGCUCCAAUGCGCUGACCGGGAGUCUACCGCCCGAGCUUGGUAAUCUUAAUAAUCUUGUCGAGCUACGGAUAGAUAGAAAUAGACUACAUGGGCCAAUCCCUGGAAGCAACAAUUCAAAUGUUCCUACUACCUCAAGCAGCAUGUUAGAUCACAGCAAUGGUAAUGGCCUGUGCCGCUUUGCUCGCUUGAGAGUAGGAGAUUUCUCGUACAACUUUUUUGCUGGAAAAGUUCCAGCUUGUCUGAAGUACCUUCCAAGGUCGAGCUUCCAAGGAAACUGCUUCCAAGAUGAAUACUCUGUCCUGCAGCGCACUUCUCAAAUUUGCAAUGGUUCUUCUGCAAAAAGCCAGCAAGUAGGCAAAGAGAAAUAUAAACAAUCGAACGAAUGGCAUAAGCACCAAAGUCUACAGCAGCCAGAGUGGCUUCUGAUUCUGGAAAUUACUACUGGUGUUCUUGUGGUUGUUUUCGUAAUCACUGGUGCUGCUACUGCAGCUGGAAAUUGCAAGCUAAAGCCCACUGUAAAAAUUCCUUGGAAGAAAUCGAAGAAUUGGAGGGCGGACAUCGCAAUGUCUAUUGACAGUGAAAUCCUGAAAAACAUCCCGAGAUUAAGUCGGCAGGAACUUGAAGUAGCUUGUGAGGAUUUCAGCAACAUUAUCGGCUCAUCUCCUGAUAGUAUACUAUAUAAAGGAACUAUGAAGGAUGGACCUGAAAUUGCUGUUAUUGCACUGUGCUUCUCUGAAGAACACUGGACGAGCUAUCACGAAUUCUUCUUUCAGAAUAAGUUGGCUGACCUGGCAAGGUUGAAUCACGAGAAUGUAGCAAAAUUGCUUGGUUAUUGCAACGAAAGCGAACCAUUUUCAAGGAUACUAGUCUUUGAAUAUGCAUCUAACGGAACCUUGUAUGAGCACCUUCAUUAUGGUGAAGGAUCACAGUUAUCAUGGAUUAGGCGCAUGAAAGUAGCUAUGGGUAUUGCGAAAGGACUAAGGUACCUUCACACAGAGCUGCAGCCUCCGUUCACAAUAGCUGAAUUGAACACAAAUGCAGUGUACAUCACCGAAGAUUUCACCCCAAAGAUAGUUGAUUUUGAGAGAUGGAAAAUGAUUUUUUCGAAAUAUCAGAAGGGUUCUGCCUGUGUUACAAAUGGAGGUUCUUUUCGUGAUUUUGUGGAUUGCUUAGAGCAAAGGCAUUCGGAUGUCCAAGGCAAUACAUAUGCUUUCGGAGUGAUUUUGCUCGAAUUGAUCAGUGGAAGGCCUCCAUAUUGCAAAGACGGAGGAUGCUUGGAGGAUUGGGCCAGAGAAUAUCUUCAGCACCCAGAGGAGAUAGGAAAGCUGGUGGAUCCCGAACUGGAGAACGUGAAAGCCGACGAUCUCGCCGUUAUAUGUAGCGUGGUCAGCCUAUGCAUCGAGCCCGACCCUUCCAAGAGGCCGUCGAUGCAAAUUAUCGCAUCAGUUCUGGAGAAUGGGAUCAACCUGUCACCAGCUGCCCUGCUGAAAGAUUCGCCUUUAGCGUGGGCUGAACUCGCCUUAUCGUCGUAACUAAUAAUCCUUCCACAUUGUAAAUUCGUCUCACACGAAAUACCUUCUUCUUACUCUCUUUUUUUUUCCCUUUCUAUUUUUAAUAUUUUCCUCUUUAGUCCUUUAUUGGCCUUGUUGUUUGUACUAAAAUAGCUUGCGACGGUAACAACUGAUGAGUUGAAUGUGUGGCAAAGCUGGGUUUGCUGUAUAAUAAGUUGCUGUAUAAGUUUGAUUGAUCCAUACACUUAACAUUGGUUACAGAAGUUAAGGAAUUGAGAUCUGGUGGCUUCAUCUUCAAUAGUUUUA